AUGGUCCGAAUACAAGAAAUCGAGAGGGUUUCAGGAGGGGUCGUCCUGCAUGAGCAGUUGGUAAACCGACUACUUGACAUAUUGACACAGCAUUCCUCCCUGAUAGUGAAAAAUGAGAUGUUAAAGAAAGACAGAGAUAACUUUGAUACGGGCGCUACGUAUCGGGACUGUAGGUCAUUCAUGGUGGACGGAUACCCCAACUUCGUCUUUAAAAUCGACAAUAUUUCCCUUGCCAACGGUUCUCGCACAACGGCACAGGCUCGAUGGGAAAGUAUCAAGCAUGCAGAUUCGACCAUUCGGGAGGAGAACUUGGACCGCGUUACUCUCUUGCCUCAGAGCCUCUUCAAAUAUGACGACGAAAAGUUCGUUAUUGCAGAAGACCGAUCUCAGUUGGCCCGUACGUGGCAUCUGGAUGCAAAUGCCUACUACUCCACUGGAAACGAAAUUACUCCAGCUCUGGAACAACUCGCAACGUUCAUCAUAAGAAAUGGCUUAAAAAAUACUCCCUUGAAGAACAUCCCAUUGCUGUACGACGAGAAUGGUGCCCUAGAACCGUCACCUCGAAUUACAGUGCUUGAUGUGGAGGGAUGCGAGGAUGCACUGGCCCGAGACGUUGAAACGGUUAGCAAGUAUACAAGAUUGAUGGUCGACAAAGCUCUCUUCGGAGAUUCCAAUUUUGGCGGCCUUUUUGGACACGUCCACAAGAACCAGCUCGAGGCCAUACUUACCGCCGCUGAGAAGGCUGGCUUCGAUGUCGGAAAGCACCUACCUGGAGAGUUAAGCGCGGCAAAACAAAAGUCCCAGAAAAGAGAUGAGAGGAGACACAAGCUUCAAGCCGUAAGCACAAAAGCGGCUGUGUUUGACGAAAAGGCCCGGGAAAUCAUCGCUGCCAUAGCAAGUGUGUCAGGUGAGAAAUUUGGCGAAGUGACCACGCUUCCGUUCCAGAGAACCGCCUUCGAAUGGGCCACCCGAGCUUUCAAGUGUGGUGACAUCUCUGGGACCAUCAUGCUGAAUGAACACAAUGGCCUAGAUGCCUGGGUAGUCCACCUACCGCAUCGUUUCGAGAAUUGCUUGUCCAUACUCCCCACAUUUGGAUACGCGAAGGAAGUAACUGAGCCUGCGAGUAACGGCAGUAGAAUGAUUCUAUUCAAAAAGAAAGACAUAGAUAGCGACGUCCUUUCUGAGUUCGCGAUGGAUUACGAGGUCCAUGGCCCAGAAUUUCGAUACGUCGCCUUGUAA